UAAAGCAUCAUCUCAUUUGAGUGAAACUAGGGUUUUGAAAACCCUGCGAGACGGUUUAUCCCUUCGGCAGCUCGCUUCCGAGCCGACGCCGGCGAUUCACUCCGUCGCCGUUGGAAUCUGCGGUUCACUUUGCUUCAUUUACCAUUGGUGAAUCCAAGGCAACCGUCAAGCGUAUCUCUUGAGGAUCACAUAUUCAUUCAACCAACUCUGAGUUCUAGAAACAGCCUAACACCUCAACAAUGACCAAUGCCUGCAUUACUAGAUUCAGUAGCAUUCAGCAUAGAGCAGCAAGUCCUUUUUCUAGGAACGAAAUUCUGGGAGGAGGAAUUUUUAGGAGUUUUUCAUCCUGCACAAUGCCGCUGAUUUCUUCAAAUGCCCCUCUCAUCAUCCGCCCACCCUCAUCAUUAGCAUUGAUGGGCUGUCUGACCCCAUUUGAUGCUCCACAGCGCUCUGACAAAUGGUUUGCCCUCCGCCGGGAUAAGCUGACUACAAGCACCUUCAGCACUGCUCUUGGCUUUUGGAAGGGAAAUCGCAGAUACGAACUCUGGCAUGAAAAAGUAUUUGCUACAGAUGCACAAUCAAUAGAAGUUUCCAAGCGGAAUGCGAUGGAGUGGGGUGUACUCAAUGAAUCAGCUGCUAUAGAGCAGUACACGAACAUCACCGGCCGUGAGGUAAGCUCAUUAGGAUUUGCAAUCCAUUCGGAGGAGCGAUUGGAUUGGAUUGGUGCCUCCCCUGAUGGUCUUCUUGGAUGCUUUCCUGGAGGUGGGAUUCUAGAAGUAAAGUGUCCGUAUAACAAAGGGAAGCCCGAGAAAGGUCUGCCCUGGUCAACUAUGCCUUUCUAUUACAUGCCUCAGGUGCAGGGUCAACUGGAGAUUAUGGACAGAAAUUGGGCUGAUUUGUAUUGUUGGACACCAAAUGGUAGCACAAUAUUUCGUGUCUUCAGAGAACGUCAUUAUUGGCAGUUGAUACAAGGAAUUUUACGAGAAUUUUGGUGGGAAAAUGUGGUUCCAGCACGAGAAGCUCUUCUGUCAGGAAAAGAGGAGGAGGAAGUCAAAUCAUUCAAACCAGGGUCGACACACAGACUUACAGGGAUGGUAAUUGUUGAGAGCAUAAAGUUGGCCGGUGAGGUCAAGUUACUUUGUAGGGAGAUUGCAGGUCAUGUUGAAUUUUAUAGAUGAUGGCCAUUGAAGGAUUGGGUUAAGAAAAGAGAACAGAGCUGCAGAAGUGCUCGAAAACUUGGAAGAGCAUGAGAAGUAUGUGCAGCAUCGGUUGAGUUUUGUGGGAGGAGGUACCCCCUCAGCAAGCUUUUUGUACAUCCAGAGUGAAGCAGCAAAGCAGGUGACUAGAGAGAGAGAUAUGUCCAACUUGCCUGGACUGGAGUUAACUGCAGAUAGCUUUCAGCCAUUGAAUUUGUUCUGAGCAUAUUGUUUACUUGGAAGUUGCUAAGUAGUUGUUGAUCAAUGAAGCAAGCAAAUGACAGUGAAGUAUCUAUCCUAUUUGCAUGCUAUAUA